AUGGUAUUGCCGGUUGGUGCUCCGAGUAAGGCUCCGGUCCGUCAUGCUCACCAACAACACCAACAGCAACAACGACAAUCCCGGGCUCAAUUGCCGGUCGGGCAACAACAGAUGCAGCGGCUCUCCCAAUGCAUGGCCCAGAAUGUGUUCGUUCAACAGGCCCAUGGCCUCGGGCACACGGAAGUGCACCUCGGAAUGAGCCAUAUUCCGCAUGGAGGCGGAUUUUUUGCCAGCGGCCUCUUCCAUCACGCCCGUCCACGACCUCGCGCUCUUUCUAUGCAACCGCUACCAACAUCCCAGUCAAACGAGGAGCUUCACAAGAAGAAAUCGGUGACGAUUGAAGAACCGACCGAUCAGGAGCAAUCUGGGCGAGAAGCCGAAAAGGGCCCAUUCCGGCGCGUCCCAUCUCGAAAUCGUCGACAGCGUUACUACCCUCUGAACCAGGAGGACGCGCUUGAGUUGCUGAUGUUGCUGAACAACCAGCCGGCGCCGUACGUGUUGAUCUACCGAAUUCUCGAUUAUUCAUAUUUCACCCUCUACCCCCGCACUUGCCCAUUAUUUUGGCUCCUAUUGACCAAAAAUGCCGAAAUCAUCCCUGAAAACCCCAAGUUCCUCGCGGCGAAGAUAUUCGAUGGUGGUGACGAU